CCCGGCGCCUCGGUGUAGGCUCCAUUCAGUGGCGGGUUCUGCGGUGGACGCAGCUCCGGCGGGCGGGCGCUGUUCUCGCUCAGUAGGAACAGGUCCUCGGCCGGCAUCGCUCAGCGGGCAGCAGCCGCAGGAGGAGGUGCUCCGGAGCACGGAGGAUGCUGUCCCGACUGCGCGCCGCCGCGGCGCCCUGCGCGAUGGCGCGGCGCAGCCUGCACACCAAGGAGAAGGGCAAGCCGCUGAUGCUCAACCCGCGCACCAACAAGGGCAUGGCCUUCACCCUGCACGAGCGACAGAUGCUUGGGCUGCAGGGCCUCCUGCCUCCCAAAAUAGAGACACAGGACAUCCAAGCCUUACGCUUCCACAAGAACCUGGCAAAAAUGACUGAUCCCCUGGAGAAGUAUAUCUACAUCAUGGGCAUCCAGGAGAGGAACGAGAAGCUGUUCUACAGGGUGCUGCAGGACGACAUUGAGCGGCUGAUGCCCAUCGUGUACACUCCCACCGUGGGCCUGGCCUGCUCCCAGUACGGACACAUCUUCAGGAGACCAAAGGGAUUGUUUAUUUCCAUCUCAGACAGAGGCCACAUAAGGUCAAUUGUGAACAACUGGCCAGAGAACGACGUUAAGGCUGUUGUCGUCACUGAUGGAGAAAGAAUAUUGGGUCUGGGAGACCUGGGGGUGUACGGGAUGGGAAUUCCAGUGGGAAAGCUGUGUUUGUACACAGCCUGUGCAGGGAUACAUCCAGAUAAAUGCCUGCCUGUGUGCAUCGACGUUGGGACUGAUAACAUGACCCUGCUGAAGGACCCCUUCUACAUGGGGCUGUACCAGAAGAGGGAUCGCUCGCAGGUCUACGAUGACCUGAUCGAUGAGUUCAUGGAGGCCAUCACAGACAGGUACGGCCAGAACACGCUCAUCCAGUUUGAGGACUUUGGGAACCACAAUGCUUUCCGGUUCCUGAGGAAGUACAGAGAGAAGUACUGCACCUUCAAUGACGACAUCCAGGGGACAGCCUCGGUGGCCUUGGCAGGACUGCUGGCAGCCCAGAAAGCCACUGGGAAACCGCUCACAGACCAGAGAGUGCUGUUCCUUGGAGCGGGAGAGGCCGCCCUGGGAAUCGCCAACCUCAUCGUCAUGGCCAUGAUGGAGAGCGGUGUUUCCCAGGAGGAGGCCUCCAGGAGCAUAUGGAUGUUUGACAAGCAUGGCCUGCUGGUCCAGGGCCGAGAGCAGAGGGUGGAUUCCCACCAGGAGCCAUUUGCACACAAGGCCCCCGAGCACAUACCAAAGACGUUUGUGGAGGCAGUGGAUGAACUUCGGCCUUCUGCUAUCAUCGGAGUGGCUGGGGCAGGGCGUCUCUUCACCCAGGACGUGCUCAGAGCCAUGGCUGCCAUCAACGAGCGACCCAUCAUAUUUGCCCUGAGCAACCCCACGGCCAAGGCCGAGUGCACGGCGGAGGAGGCCUACACGCUGACAGAGGGCCGGUGCCUGUUUGCCAGCGGCAGCCCCUUCGAGCUGGUCACUCUGAAGGAUGGGAGGACCUUCAAACCAGGCCAAGGAAACAACGCUUACAUCUUCCCAGGCGUGGCUCUGGCUGUGAUCCUCAGCAGCGUCCGGCACAUCAGCGAUAAGGUUUUCCUGGAGGCUGCCAAGGCAUUGGCAGAACAGUUGACAGAUGAAGAGCUUGCACAAGGAAGACUUUAUCCUCCACUGUCCAAUAUCAGGGAAGUUUCUAUUUAUAUUGCUGUCAAGGUGAUGGAGUUCCUGUAUGCCAACAACAUGGCCUUCCACUACCCCGAGCCGGCCGACAAGAACCGCUACAUCCGCUCCAAGGUCUGGAGCUACGAGUACGAGUCCUUCAUGCCCGACGUGUACGACUGGCCCGAGUCCAAGGUGCACUGACGCAGCCCCGCGCCCGCUCCUCAGGCAGCGCCGCUACUCUGCAGGGAUCCCCUCCCUCCUCUGACCAACUGUAAUCAUGAUCUUUGACUCCUCUAAUUUAUUUGCGCUCAUUUCGUUGCCUUUUUUUUUUGUUUUCCCCCCUCACACCCUGUUUUUCACCUGAUUUCUCCCAAGUACCUGAUAAACUGUACGGAUGACGGCAUCUGCCACAGGGAUGAGAGAGCCCUCCAAAGUUAAUUUAAACAAUAACAUUGCAUUUCUAGCCUAGAGCCAGCACCACACCGGAGAAUUCCAUUAGUGAUAUUUUAACUACAUGCAUUUGAUGAUAAACUGUAGCUCUCUCAUCACUGCUGAUCUCCAGAAUUAUUUAUUUCUGCCUUUAAUAAUCAGUCUUCUAAUUGUCCUAGUGUUGUCACACUGCAUUAGCUGUGACAUCAAGGGAGACCACUAGUAGGAAAAACAACAGGGCAGUUAAAGACAGCUGUGAGAGUCUGAUGGGCCUUCUGUUUUGUUUAAUGUUUAAAGAUGCCCAUGUCCAGACAUCCUUGUGGCAUUGGCUGCUGUUUCCUUGAGGAGCAGCGAGAUGUACAUGUGUGGAGUCUGCAGCAAAGUUUGCAGCUUUGUUUUCAUCACUCCGUGAAAUCUGUUCUCAGGAAAAAUGUGAGCUAGUUCAAAUUGGCCUUGGGAAGCUGAAAAUAAUACUGAUCACUUAAUAGCUUUUAAAAACUGUCAAAGAAUAAAUUUUAUUGGGUAGAGGUAGAACCUGAAGUAAUUUAUGGAAAUCUUUUUAGAGAUUUUACUAGGAGAUUUUAAGCAAUGGACUGCAAAAUGAUGUACCAAAGGAUCUUUAUUUUAAAAAAUUUUUAAUUUUUUUCAAGAUUCUGUUUCAUUUAAGCCAGGUUGUUUUCUCCCUUGUUCUGGCAAGAAGACUGGUGUGUGAUGUUUUAUGACACUGCUGACUCGAAAGCUCCAGAGUGGGCUCAGUUGGAAGCAGCACCCCGUGGGCAGUGCUGGUUCCGAGUGCUGGCAGGCUGGAGCAGGAGUGUUGUCAGGCAGCUGUUCACACGAGUCUGCUGGGCGUCCCCUGGGGCCGCGGUCCCGCUCGCUCUGUCAGCGUGAGUGCUGGACCCAAAGGUGCAGUGCUGCCCACUGCCCUGACAGGCCUGCUUUGGCAGGGUCCCUGUGUGACAGCAGGAGCUCCCAGCCGAGUUUUUCCCGGCCAGGGGUAGUGCUGCACGUUUGUAGCCACAGUGUAGCCUCCCCCCCGCUGCCUCGGAGCGAGGCCGAAGGGCCCUGGUCACUGCACGGGGACAGGCAGGGACAGCCAGGGGUGUCACAGCCUGUGGCUGCCCCUUGUGUGCCACAGCCACUUGCCAGGAGCAGAAACAAGGAUACCAGGCUGCUCCAGUUUGCUGCAGCAAGGCAGGAGAAGGGCAGGAGUAAAUAAAUAGAUGGAUGUGCCAGCAGGGCUGCCCUGGCAGGCAUCAUCCAGAGAGAUAAAGCAAAGCUUGCUCAGGAUUUACCCCUGGCAAGCACUGCCCUCCUGUCCUCAGUUACACAGGAAAACGCAGUCUCCACAGAACAGGCCAGACCAGAGCAGGGAGAAUGGUCUAGUACCCCCUCAGGCACCUACAGCCUGAUCUCUGGCUCUAAAGUUGUAUUCCUACAAAGAACAGUAAACCCUGGGAAGAUGCUGCCUGUGUGGGCAAAGAAGACUGAUUAUAUAAACACAGAAAAGAGUGAUGUGGGGAAAAAACCGUGGUGUUCAAGCUGUGGUAAAGUGUUGUGUGGUGGGGCUCGAAGUGCUUCACUGCUGAGUGCUGACAUGCACAUGGGCAGGAGCUUGCACUUGCAAGUGAAUGUACAAAAGACACCAACACACACACACACACGCAUAGGAUGUUUUUACAAAGAGUGCUUUUUUCAUCUAUUUUUGCUAUGCCUUGUUUGUAUCGUAUUUAAAUUAGUGAUCUUACUGAAAAAGAAAUUAUUUAUUCAAUGUAUGAAUUAUUUUUGCCUUCUGAAAAUCCAGCUCUAUCUGAAGCCUGUUGUAUUGUGCCAGUGGAGUUCUGCACCACUGGAUUCCGGAGUGCUGGGAACACAGGCUUCCUCCCUCCUGCCAGCAGCCGGUUAGACAGACGAGUGACAGAGACACCCAAAAUGCACUGAUCUCAUGGCCCAGCCGAGAGUGAUCACAGAGGCGGGGGAUCCACUCCCCGGCUCUGCCUUAGGAAGCAGGGAUCCACCCCUUCAGCCUGCUUGUUUUGUUCCCAGAACUGCCGCUGCUGUCCACAGCCAGUGCCCUUGGCGCUCAGGAAGAGCCGUGGCCUGGCGGCAGCAGAGCCCUGCGGUGGGCAGGAGCGAUCCCUGCCCCGCUCCGGCUCAGGAGGACGGUGCUCCGAGCAGCCCUCGCCCGCCCUGGCACCGCCUCCCCGCUGUCCCGGCAGGUACCGCAGGCCCUGCUAGAGCCGCCCGGCAGCGGGAUUUCCCCAGCACAAACGCUCCUGCUCAGUGAUUCUGGAAAUGCUCUGCAGGGGAGAGGGAGCGGCAGUCCCCGGCAGAGCUGUCAGGAGCAGCCCCGGGCUGUGCUGGAGGUGUGGCUGGCUCUGUCCCCUGUCCCGCUGGGAGGUGCCAGCCAGACCUGAGCCAGCACGGCCUCCUGGGCUCUGUCUGCCAGGCUCUGGGGAUCCUCUGCAGCUUGCAGUGUGGACGUGGGGGGAUUUUCCCUUCCACAUGCAGCCGUUGUUUCCUGUUGGCAACAGGUAACCUGUCAGCUCACAGAGUUUUAAGUCCAUUUCACUCUCUUUCAUUUUCUCCAGAAUUAAUUUUUUUUCUUACAUAGGAUUUUAAGAUACAUAGAUUCAUGUUCAGUUUUCCUUCAGGUACAAUUAAUCCUUGAACUAAUUACAACUGCUAAUCUUGCUGGCUAGUAAGGAACCAGUUUCCUUUUUCAUAUUCUACUUAACACGAUUUUUUCUGUUUGCUGGUUUAUUCAAAAUAUUUACCACUCUUUAUCUGUACAGAAAAUUCUCUUAGACAGUAAGCAAAGGGAAACAGGUGUCACCAGGAUGCAUUUUGUCAAGUUACAUAGUGUAAGUUAAAAAAUACGUCACCUAAAGGACCACCAGUGUUGUAGCUUGUCACACAGCCCCUGUGACUUGCCCUCCAAAUGAUUUUGUAAAAGGCUGUCUUCCGUGUCUCCUUGGGGUAUGCAGAGCCCUUCUGGGAGGAUCAGGAACUUGGCUGAGGUCAGUCUUCCAGGAUUUGUCCAAUCCUUGCUUCCUUAAAAUCAGGAGCAGGACUGAGCCUCUUGGCAGCAACCUGUAGGAGUGUUCAGGGGAGAGUAAAGGUAUCUAAUGAAGCACAGCCUUUCUUCAUAAAAUACCUUGGUUUUGUUCAAAGGCGUUGCGAAGGUUUGCGUGUUCCUGAAGCCUCUGCCCAGCUGCCAACGUGACAUGUAGAGGGAAAGGAUUAAAAUGUUGUGUCUGAUACAUUUUAAACCCCCAGUGUGACGCCUAGCACAAGUUCUCGGUUACAUUUGUGGACAGUGAUGCAUCCUGAUCUGUUGUGUUCGUUUUCCAAGCUUCAAACCAAGUGACACUUUACCUGCAGAGUGGUGUGUAACAGGUUUCCUGUGGUCGGUGCGUGUCUUCCUCUUGUACUGUUGUUUCCAGCACGCUGUUUUACGGGGAUAAAGUAACUCUGUCACACUCCUCUGGUAGUACCUGCCAAGAUGAAUGAUACACCUUUUAGUUUCUCGUUAGCAGCCCUCCGUGGUGACUGUUCCUGUGGGAGAGUGGGGAUCACUAUUGUACAGCUCCCACCCAGGUUUUAGUUCAGCUGACUCCGGCCCCGGCAGUCCCGGCUGGUUUGGUUUGGCUGCAGAGGGGCAGAGCUGAGCUCCUCUGCAGUCCCGCAGAGCUGUGUGUGGCUCAGAUCAGAGUGAGAGCAGCUGGGGCUGGCUGCAGAGGGGCACAGCUGAGCUCCUCUGCAGUCCCGCACAGCCGAGCCCCUCUGCAGUCCCGCACAGCUGAGCUCCUCUGCAGUCCCGCACAGCCGAGCCCCUCUGCAGUCCCGCAGAGCCGAGCCCCUCUGCAGUCCCGCACAGCUGAGCUCCUGCAGUCCCGCACAGCCGAGCCCCUCUGCAGUCCCGCAGAGCCGAGCCCCUCUGCAGUCCCGCACAGCCGAGCCCCUCUGCAGUCCCGCACAGCCGAGCCCCUCUGCAGUCCCGCACAGCUGAGCUCCUGCAGUCCCACAGAGCCGAGCCCCUCUGCAGUCCCGCACAGCUGAGCUCCUGCAGUCCCGCAGAGCCGAGCCCCUCUGCAGUCCCGCAGAGCUGAGCCCCUCUGCAGUCCCGCACAGCCGAGCUCCUGCAGUCCCGCAGAGCCGAGCCCCUCUGCAGUCCCGCACAGCCGAGCCCCUCUGCAGUCCCGCAGAGCCGAGCCCCUCUGCAGUCCCGCACAGCCGAGCUCCUGCAGUCCCGCAGAGCUGAGCCCCUCUGCAGUCCCGCACAGCCGAGCCCCUCUGCAGUCCCGCAGAGCUGUCUGCAGCCGAGAUGAGUGUGAGAGCAGCCGGGGCUGCAGUCUCACUGCCGGUGCUUCCAGCUGGACAAGCCACCGCCGUUUCUGCCCUCGGGACGAUCGGAAUGCUGCCCCGUUCGUACCAGCCACGGGCGGCAGGCAGGGACUGCUGUUACACGGGAGGAGGAAAUGCCGAGCAAAGCUCUGCUGCACUGGCCUGGCAGCUGAAUUUGGGCAAAGCCACUCAGCUGCUGCUGCUGAGGGCACGCCUGACUAACCGUCUGUGGGCCUGCCUGCCCUGCGUGCUCCCGUGGGACGAUCCAGCACGGCUCCCAGCGCUUCCCUCCGCCCUCCCGCUCUCCGUGGGGAUGGCAGGACCCGCCCGUGGCACCGGGGCCGUGGCUGCAGCUGGAGGAGGAGGUUUGUCACCAGGUCCCGAGCUGGCAGGUGGUGCUCCCCAAACUCAGGCUGGCCCAGACUGAGCUCAGCUCUCCACCUACCAUCGGCUUCGGCUCAUCCGUUCUUCAGCCAGAUCCUUCCUCAUGGGAAUAAAAAUACUCUUAGGACUAAAGAUGGCUGCCUUGUCAACAAAACAGCAAAAUAACCUGCAUUUAUUUCUAUCUUAAACAUAUCUACCUUAUGCAAAUCAAUGUGAGCCUGCUGGGGCGCCUGUGAGAACAGUUCCAGCCUGAUCUGUGUGGGGUUGGCUGUGCCUGGGAGGGUCAUUGCUCAGCUGAAACUAAAACUGUGUGUAAAAUGUGAAGUGGUUGGGGUUUCUUCCUACUUUAUAACGUUGUAACUCUAUUGAAAUGUGUGUUCUAGUCUUCUAUUUUCUUAGUAAAAUGCAUUCCCUUUGCCUAA